AUGGAUCAAGACAGCCUCGAGGCCGACUCGAUGGAAGCCAUGGCGGCGGCCAUGGGCUUCUCGAGCUUCGGCGCACAGCAGCCCAACGCCAAGCGGCGCAAGUACAACCCGCACCUCGAGGAGUCCGCCUCGGCCGCGCUGCCGCACCACGGGGCGCGGGCGGCGGUCGAUCACGGCCAAGGGGCCAAUGCCAUCCCGCUGGGCGCUCGACAGGCAGCAGCGGUGGCGCCGGCGGCGCAGAAGAAGAACAGUAACAACAAGGACGAGAUCUCGCUGGACGAUGACGACGAAGACGAUCCGGAGCCACAGUACAUCGACACCUCGCGCCCCGCCACGUCACUCGAACCCGCAGCAGUGCUGCCGCCACCGGAUGCUGAUGCCGGUGCGCAGGCGCAUGCCGACGCCGCGGCGGGCGGCGCGACGACAGCAGGUGGUGGUAGUAGGGGUGGGAGAUACCAACACGGCUACGGACGGGGAGGCUACCGCGACCAGCGUCAGCACGUGGAGUGGGGUGUCGACGGUGGCGACCGCAAGCCCUGGUACGAGGACUACUAUGACCCGUCGUUCAACAUCAACCCCUGGGAGAAGCUGGAGAGGGAGCGCGGGCUCGAGCCGCUGAGCGGUGACUACCUGACUUGGGAGGAGUCCAAGGCCAGGUGGGAGAGGGAGAAGGAGGCGGCGGCGGCGGCGGCGGCAAGCCAGGUCGGCGCUGCGACCUGA